UAACAACAUCCGUGUUGUUAAUCGUUGCUAAGGAAGUGGCGGAGCUACUUUACAGUCGGCAGCCUGGAGCCAGUAGUUUACGGGAGGCAUCUCUACGUCGAUUUAAUACCUGUGGAAUAAGACUUCAAGUGGGAAACAUUAAAACCACCCAGCGCUGCCUGUUUGUUGGUAUAAAACGCCAGUUUAGCCCAGCUAGCUCGCAGUUAGCCUUUUUAGCUUUCCUCACUGCAAACAACGUGGGAGGUGAACUAAUGUUUCUGUUCAAAACUCUCCUGAUGUCCAUUAAAUAAAAAUGAUAAAUGCUCAAGCCGAUUAAAAAAGGCUUUCUGGUUUUUAAACAGAGUAAGCGGCUAAACCUAACACUGUUAUUUGUGAUCUCUUUAACUUUAACUUGUUAAUUAUCUUAUUACAGCCUCAUAAUUAAGGAGGGAAAAGGUCAGACAGUGUGAGAUCAAAGGUGGUUUACGUUGUCCUUGGAAAAGGCUGUAAAAGUGUGUUUUGUCCUGCAGGUUUGUUCCCACUGAGGGAUGAGAGAGCGGCGUCCACCUGAGCACAGGUGGGGUCAGGUGUGAGGGGAGGAUGACGGCCAGUGGAGAGGAUUGCGGCGUGUACCUGCCCGGCCAGGCUGCUGGGAAGAGAGACUCGCCCCCUGCCGACACCGGGACCACCAACACCUCCUCAAAACCCUCCAAAGAUCACCCUCUUCUGCUGCUGGCCGCCGGGGAGACGGGCGGGGCCUCGGCCAUGCACCAGCCUCGCCCCCCGUCCCUGCCCAGGAGGGCAAAGGUCAGCAAGAGCGUCUCUCUGGAGGAAUCCGUCAGGAUGAAGAGGUUCAGAAACAGCCAGGAGAGCCUGAGUGACCGGGCCGACACCGGCUCCUCCUCAGACUCGCUCAGAGAAGACCGGGCGGCUCCAGGCGUCGUUGACCCCAGUGUGAGACCCGUCUCUGCAGUGUCGACGGGAUCUCCGGUCCUCCAGGACGCCGAGAGGCCACGCAGCCAGCAGAGUGACCCGGGAGACCGCCGAGGGAGGUCGGCCACGCUGCGCCUGUCCCCGGUGCAGCCCACGGGCCCUCUGCCCCCUCUGGACGAGAGGCUGGCGUCAGCUCCUUUAAGGGCGGCUAAUAGGAUUGACAGGGAUUGUUUGGAUUAUGGCGUGCCGGCCAAAGAGAAGUUUGAGGAGAGGAUUCACAGGAAAUUCAGUGACAGCCGGCUUCUGGAGAACAUGGGGUCGGACAGUGCCUCUGUGAACUCCAUACGGUCCAUAUACAGCGUUCUUAGUCCCAUCAGACCCCAGGAUGUGAGGAACAGGAGCUUCCUGGAGGGUAGUAUUUUGGGAAGCGGUGCCUUACUCGGUGCGGAGGAGCUGGACCGCUACUUCCCCGACAGGAGAGUAGGCAUCUACGUCGUGACCUGGAACAUGCAGGGAGAGAAGUUCCUCCCAGCCAACUUGAAUGAUCUCCUCCUCCCGACAGACUCUGAAUUUGCACAAGAUUUUUAUAUCAUAGGCGUCCAGGAGGGCUGCCCCGACAGGAGGGAGUGGGAGACCUGCCUUCAGGAGACUCUGGGACCUCACUACGUGAUGCUCUACACAGCUUCCCACGGUGUUUUGUAUCUCACCGUGUUUACCAGAAGAGACCUCAUUUGGUUCUGUUCAGAGGUGGAGCACGCCACGGUCACGACAAGGAUCAUCUCCCAGAUCAAGACCAAAGGGGCGGUGGGAAUCGCCUUCACCUUCUUCGGCACAUCCUUCCUCUUCAUCACGUCCCACUUCACCUCCGGGGAUUCCAAAGUUUACGAGAGAAUACUCGACUACAACAAGAUCAUUGAAGCUUUGGCCCUUCCUAAGGGCCUCCCAGACACCAACCCUUACCGCUCCACGCCAUCUGACGUCUCCACGAGGUUCGAUCAGGUCUUUUGGUUUGGAGACUUCAACUUUCGUCUGAGCGGAGAGCGGGCCGAUGUGGAGAGCAUCCUGAAAGGCACCGGGGGGGAUGAUAUGAGCCCGCUGCUGGAGCACGACCAGCUCACCAAGGAGCUGAAGGAGGGUUCAAUCUUCAAAGGGUUCCAAGAGGCUCCGAUUCACUUCCUACCCACGUACAAGUUUGACAUCGGCUGUGACGACUACGACACCACCUCUAAACAGAGAACGCCUUCAUACACAGACAGGAUUCUGUUCAGGAGCCGGCAGGCAAACGACAUCAAAGUGGUGAAAUACAACAGCUGCGCGAACAUCAAGUCGUCGGACCACCGACCCGUCGUCGCCAUGUUUGAGGUCAAACUCAGGCCGGGAAGAGACAACAUCCCUCUAUGUGGAGGAAUGUUUGACCGGAACUUGUACCUGGAGGGCAUCAAGAGGAGGAUGACGGCCAGGGAGCUGAAGAGGAGGGAGGCCUUGACGAGCCCCAGUACCAGCACCAUUUGCACCAUCUCUUAACCCGUUUAGAGGAACUGUCCACCCCAGGAGGACCAGGAUCUCACCAGGAUGACCUGGAUCUCACCUGUGCCACAGGUGACAGAGGACCAAAAGGAAACCAGAGUUGUCUUAAAACAAACAAACCGAAAAACAGCCCUGUUGUGAUUGUGGUGUCUGGGCGGCACUGUGACCCGAGCUCGGAGGUCAGGCAGAAACAG